AUGGCUACUGAGGGGGCAGCGGGCAUGGUGUGCUGCCUGUGGGUCCUGGUCCUGGUGUCCUCGGCUCUGGCCCUGGAAGAGGUAUUACUGGACACCACCGGGGAGACCUCAGAGAUAGGCUGGCUCACCUACCCUCCAGGUGGGUGGGACGAGGUGAGCGUCCUGGAUGACCAGCGGCGCCUGACUCGCACCUUCGAGGCCUGCCACGUGGCGCGGUCGGCGGGCUCCGGCCAGGACAACUGGCUGCAGACACACUUCGUGGAGCGGCGCGGUGUACACCGGGCCCACGUCCGUCUGCACUUCUCGGUGCGCGCCUGUGCCAGCCUGGCCGUGGGCGGCGGCGCCUGCCGGGAGACCUUCACUCUUUACUACCGUCAGGCUGACAGUCCUGACGGACCUGACGCCACCGAGUCGUGGCAUCGCCAACACUGGACCAAGGUAGACACGAUCGCGGCGGAUGAGAGCUUCCCGGCGGCUUCCUCAUCCUCGGCGUGGGCAGAUGGGCAGCGCGCUGGGCUGCAACUCAACGUCAAGGAGCGCAGCUUCGGACCUCUCACACGCCGCGGCUUCUACGUGGCCUUCCAGGACACUGGCGCCUGCCUGGCUCUAGUGGCCGUGAGACUCUUCUCCUACGCCUGCCCGGCCACGUUUCGAGCCUUCGCCUCCUUUCCUGAGACACAGGCCAGUGGGGCCGGGGGCGCCUCCCUGGUGGCCGCCGUGGGCACCUGUGUGGCUCAUGCACAGCCGGUAGAGGAUGGAGUGGGGGGCCAGACAGGGGACAGCUCUCCCAGAUUGCACUGCAACGGAGAGGGCAAGUGGAUGGUGGCCGUUGGGGGCUGCCGCUGCCAGUCUGGACACCAGCCUGACCCCUGGGGGAAGGCCUGCCAAGCCUGCCCCACCGGAUUCUAUAAGUCCUACGCAGGGAACCAGCCUUGCUCUCGGUGCCCCGCCCACAGCCACGCCCCGGACCCCGCGGCACCCCUGUGCCCCUGCCUCCCUGGCUUCUACCGCGCAGGAUCCGACCCCCCAAAUGCUCCCUGUACUGGCCCACCCUCUGCUCCCCGCGAGCUCUGGUUCGAGGUGCAAGGCUCGGCACUCAUGCUGCACUGGCGUCUGCCUCGGGAGCUGGGGGGCCGCGGCGACCUUCUCUUUAACGUCGUAUGCAAGGAGUGUCCAGGCCGCGGGGAGCCUGGUGCAGGGGCCUGUCGCCGCUGCAGGGACGAGGUUUACUUCGACCCCCGUCAGAGAGGCCUGACAGAGAGCCGAGUGCUGGUCGGAGGCCUCCGGGCACACGUGCCAUACGUCCUGGAGGUGCAGGCGGUCAACGGCGUGUCCGAACUCAGUCCUGAACCGCCUUCGGCAGCUGCCAUCAACGUUAGUACCAUUCACGAAGUCCCCUCCGCAGUCCCUGUGGUACACCAGGUGAGCAGGGCGUCCGACAGCAUCACUGUAUCUUGGCCGCAACCCGAGCAGACCAACGGGAACAUCCUGGACUAUCAGCUGCGAUACUACGACCAGGCUGAAGACGAGUCCCGCUCCUUUACCCUGACCAGCGAGACCAACACAGCCACCGUGACACGGCUGAGGCCUGGUCACAUCUAUGGCUUCCAGGUGCGCGCUCGCACAGCCGCGGGCCACGGCCCCUACGGAAGCAGGGCCUACUUCCAGACGCUGCCCCUAGGGGAACUGUCCACUCAGCUCCCAGAGAGGUUCUCCUUGGUGGUAGGCUCAGUUUUGGGGGCCUUGGCUUUCCUACUGCUGGGGGCCAUAGCAGUACUGACUCUUGUCUUCCAGAGGAGACGACGAGGGACUGGCUACUCUGAGCGUCUGCAGCAGCACAGCAGCCCAGGACUUGGGGUGAAGUAUUACAUUGACCCCUCUGCGUAUGAGGACCCCUGCCAGGCUGUCCAGGAGCUUGCCCGGGAGGUUGACCCUGCAUACAUCAAGCUGGAGGAAGUCAUUGGGACAGGCUCCUUUGGAGAGGUACAUCGGGGCCGGCUGCAGCCCCGGGGUCGGCGGGAACAAGCUGUGGCCAUCCAGGCCUUGUGGGCCGGGGGUCCUGAGAGCCUGCAGACAGCCUUCCUGGGCCGGGCAGCCAUGCUGGGCCAGUUCCAUCACCCCAACAUCCUACGACUGGAGGGCGUGGUCACCCGGAGCUGGCCUCUCAUGGUGCUGACAGAGCUCAUGGAACUGGGCCCCCUGGACAGCUUUCUCAGGCAACGAGAGGGCCAGUUCAGCAGCCUGCAGCUGGUGGCCAUGCAGAGGGGAGUGGCAGCGGCCCUGCAGUACCUGGCCAGCUUCGCCUUCGUGCAUCGUGCCCUGUCUGCCCACAGCGUGCUGGUCAACAGCCACCUGGUGUGCAAGGUGGCACACCUGGGCCACACACCUCAGGGCCCAGGCUGCAUGCUCCGCUGGGCGGCCCCUGAGGUCAUCGCACAAGCAAAACACACCAUGUCUAGUGAUGUCUGGAGCUUUGGGGUGGUGAUGUGGGAGGUGAUGAGCUAUGGAGAACGGCCUUACUGGGACAUGAGCGACCAGGAGGUGCUAAGUGCCAUAGAGCAGGAGUUCCGACUGCCCCCACCCCCAGGCUGUCCUCCUGGGCUGCAUCUACUUAUGCUGGACACGUGGCAGAAAGACUGUGCCCAGCGGCCCCACUUUGACCAGCUGGUGGCUGCACUAGACAAGAUGAUCCGCAAGCCAGAUACUCUGCAGGCGUGCGGGGGCUCCCAGGACAGGCCUUCCCAGGCCCUUCUGGACCCUGUGGUUCUGGAUUUCCUGUCCCUGGACUCCCCAAAGGCCUGGCUCUCGGCCAUCGGGCUUGAGUGUUACCAGGAAAACUUCACCAGACUGGGGCUCUGCUCCUUCAGUGACGUGGCCCAGCUCAGCCUUGAGGACCUGCCUGCCCUGGGCAUCACACUGGCCGGCCACCAGAAGAAACUUCUACACAACGUCCAGCUUCUGCAGCAGCACUUGAGGCCGCCUGGGUCCGUGGAGGUCUGA